GUGUUGUCUGCUGAUGUAGAUGAUUGAGAAGUACACGUGGUGUGUAAGAAAGUUUGGUCUAUAUUAUCUACAUUUUAAAGUUAUUAGAUUUUUAAUGGUGACGCAAUAAUGAUGCUGAAAUUGAAAGUAAAUUCUAAUAAUCCACCAACAGAUGCAUUGAUAACAGCAGAAUUAAUUAAUUGUAAAAACAAAGAAAUCGAUGUGGUAUGGUGUAAUGACUGGAAAGAAGAUGGAAAUCUUAAAUUAUUGGAUUCCAAUGAUCGAUUGUUAGCAAAAAGUAGCAACGAAGUUGCUCGUUAUAUUGGUAGAACUAUUGCUAAGGAUCUAUAUGGUAAUUUAGAUAUUCGUGGCAGAACAGAAGUAGAUCAUUGGUUGUCAUUUGCUAUAGGACCAUUAUGUCAAAUACCGGUUAAAAAUGAAACUUUUUCUUAUUUAAAUAAAAUAUUAAUGACAAAUACAUGGUUGGCAAAUAAAAAGUUUACAGUAGCAGAUAUUUCUGUUUUUUGCGCUCUUUUAAGUUUAUCAUACUUGGAGAAGUAUGAAAAAUUAUACCCUUGCAUUACUAGAUGGUAUAAACAAAUGCUUUCCUUCCCUGCUGUUACUCAAGCAUUGUCCUCCAUUGAAGAUAAUAAAAUAACAUUAGAAAAUAAUAUUCAAGUUGAAGAUACAAUGAAUAAGAAAGUGGGUGUAAGGAAACAAGAGGGUAAAUUUAUUGAUUUACCAGGGGCAGAAAUGGGAAAAGUUGUUGUACGUUUUCCACCAGAAGCAAGUGGUUAUCUUCACAUUGGUCAUGCUAAGGCAGCACUUUUGAAUCAGUAUUAUGCGGAAACUUUUAAAGGCCAAUUAAUUAUGAGAUUUGAUGAUACGAAUCCUGCUAAAGAAAAUUUAGAGUUCGAAGAAGCUAUACUAGAAGAUAUAAGAUUAUUAAAUAUUAAGCCUGAUCGAUUUACUUAUUCAUCAGAUUAUUUUGAAUUAAUGCUUGAUUAUUGUACAAAGUUAAUUAAAGAUGGUAAAGCUUUUGUAGAUGAUACACCCGCUUUGCUUAUGAAGGAACAACGUGAUCAAAAGUUGAAGUCAGCAAACAGAGAUAAUUCCAUUGAGAAGAAUUUGGAGUUAUGGAAUGAAAUGCAAAAAGGUAGCAAAAAAGGUCAAGAAUGCUGUGUACGAGCCAAAAUAGAUUAUGAAUCAGUAAAUGGAUGCUUACGAGAUCCAACAAUAUAUAGAUGCAAACCAGAACCGCAUCCCCGUACUGGAACAAAAUACAAAGUAUACCCAAUAUAUGAUUUUGCUUGUCCAAUUGUGGAUGCUAUUGAAAAUGUUACACAUACAUUGCGUACAACUGAAUAUCAUGAUAGAGAUAUUCAAUAUUAUUGGAUAAUCGAAGCAUUGGGAUUAAAUCGGCCGUAUAUAUGGGAAUAUUCGCGUUUAAAUAUGACCAAUACUGUUUUAUCUAAACGUAAAUUAACAUGGUUUGUUGAAAAUGGUUUAGUGGAUGGUUGGAAUGAUCCACGUUUUCCUACUGUAAGAGGUAUCUUAAGAAGAGGUAUGACUGUAGAAGGUUUGAAACAAUUCAUUAUUGCACAAGGCAGUUCUAGAUCAGUUGUUUUUAUGGAAUGGGAUAAGAUAUGGUCUUUUAACAAGAAAGUAAUUGAUCCAAUUGCAAUUAGGUACACUGCAUUGGAUUAUGAUAAUACUGUUCCAGUUAAUGUUUUGAAUUCCAAAGAAGAAUGGGUAACGGUUCGAAAUCAUCCUAAAGAUCCAUCGUUAGGUACUAAACGUGUACGAGUAGGUUCAAAAUUAUUAAUAGAAAAAGAUGAUGCAGAAGCACUAAUUGAAGGACAAAAUGCAACAUUCGUUAAUUGGGGUAAUUUAAAAAUUGAAGCAAUACAUAAAAAGAAUGGUGGUAUUGAGAGCAUAGAUGCUAGACUUAAUUUAAGCGACGAGAACUACAAAAAUACAUUAAAGAUUACUUGGCUUCCUGCACCACAAAACUCGAAGCAUUUGAUACCAUGUUAUGCUGUUUAUUUUGACCAUAUUAUAAGUAAACCAAUUUUGGGAAAAGAUGAUGAUUUUAAAGACUUUGUUGCUAAAGAUACAAGAGUAGAAAUACGAAUGUUGGGUGAGUCAGAAUUAAAUAGAGUCAAAAAAGGGGAAAUAAUUCAAUUGCAAAGGAAAGGAUUUUUCAGAUGCGAUAUACCUUAUGCUGACAGAAGUCCUUUCUGUUGCAAAGAGCAACCUUUAAUUCUAUUUCAUAUACCAGAUGGUCAUACUGCUUCAAAAUCUGUGAAAACUAGUGCUGUUGAUAUUAAAGGAAGUACUGUUGAUAAAAAACCAAGUGUUUCAAAGGCUAGUAGCAAAGGAAAUGCUGUUUAUAAUAAACCAAGUCUUCCAAAAAAAAUUGAACAAGAAGAUGUGAAUAUAAUAAAUGAUAAAAUUAUUGCUCAAGGUCAUAUAGUACGUCAUUUCAAAUCUGAGAAAGUAGAUCAAUUUAUUGUAGAUGCAGAAGUAAAAACUUUACUAAAGUUAAAAGCUGAUUUUAAAGCUGCCACUGGCAAAGAGUGGAAACCAAAAUCAUCUUCAAAUGAAAUAAUAGAUAAGGGUGAAUAUGAAAAUACGAUCAAACAGUUACUCACGUUAAUGCUUAAUGCUAAGAUGGCAGAAGUUACACAAAAAAAGAACACAAAUAUAAAAGAAACCAAUAUGAAUCAUACAGUAAAUAAUGAGGAAAUUCUUAAAAAUAAAUCUGAUAUUGUAUCUGAGAAUAAAACUAAUGAUAAGUUAUCUGAAGAAAUACAGAAACAAGGUGACAAAGUAAGACAAUUAAAAUCUGAGAAAGCAAGUAAGGAUGUCAUUGAUCAAGAAGUAAACUGCAACAGGUCAAGAAUGGGAGCCAAUGAAAUCCGAACAAACUAAUGCAACUUCAAAAUCAAUUGAAAAUAAAAUUAACGAUAAAUUAUUUGAAGAAAUACAGAAACAGGAUGACAAAGUAAGGCAAUUAAAAAAAAUUACAGGAACAGAACUAUCUAUCAUUGAUAAAGAAGUGAAAAUUCUUUUAAGUUUGAAGAAUGAUUAUAAAAUAAUAACAGGUUUUGAUUGGAAGUCAAAAAAUGAGACAACACCUAAAAAGAAAAAGAAAGAUGAAUCUGCAAAAAGUGGAAAGAAAGUUGAUAAAAAUAUGACAAAUAAUGAAACAAAGAGUAAAGAUGUAGAUAGUAUUAAAACUGGAACAAGAUUAGGAUUAGAAGCACAAAAAGAAGAAAAUUUUGCUGAUUGGUACUCUCAAGUUAUUACAAAGAGUGGAAUGAUUGAAUAUUAUGAUGUAUCAGGUUGUUAUAUUCUUCGUCCAUGGAGUUUCCUGAUUUGGAAGGCAAUAAAGGAAUAUUUCGAUAAACAAAUAACAAAAUUAGGAAUACAAGAAUGUUACUUUCCAAUGUUUGUAACACGAGCAGCACUUGAAAAGGAAAAAGCUCAUAUUGCAGAUUUUGCCCCGGAGGUCGCAUGGGUUACCAGAUGUGGAGAUUCUGAUAUGGCAGAACAUAUUGCUAUUCGACCUACUUCAGAAACAGUCAUGUAUCCGGCAUAUGCUAAAUGGAUAAGAUCGGAUACAGAACUUCCACUCAGACUCAAUCAAUGGAGUAACGUUGUGAGGUGGGAGUUUAAAGAUCCUAAACCAUUUCUACGUACAAGGGAAUUUUUAUGGCAAGAAGGACAUACAGUAUUUGCUAAUAAAAAGGAUGCCGAGGAAGAAGUCUUAGUAAUUUUAGAUAUGUAUGCUAAAGUAUAUCAAGACUUAUUAGCUGUGCCAGUAAUUAAAGGCCGUAAAACUGAAAAAGAAAAAUUUGCUGGUAGUGAUUAUACAACUACUGUAGAAGCAUUUAUUUCAACUAGUGGAAGAGCAAUACAAGGUGCCACUAGUCAUCACCUUGGACAAAACUUUUCGAAAAUGUUUAAUAUUCAAAUUGAAGGAGCUGUUGAGGGAGAGGAAAAAACUUACGUUUAUCAGAAUUCCUGGGGUUUGACCACUCGUACUAUUGGAGUUAUGAUCAUGGUACAUGGAGAUGACAAAGGUUUAGUUUUGCCUCCAAAUGUAGCUUCAAUUCAAGCUGUAAUUGUACCAUGUGGUAUUACUGCAACGACCACUCUACAACAGAGAGAGCAAUUAAUGUCAGAAUGUCUUAAACUUGAGAAUGAUUUAAGCAAAGACGAGUCUUUAAGAAUUAAAUCUGAUUAUAGAAAUAAUCGUACACCAGGAUGGAAAUUUAAUCAUUGGGAAUUGAAAGGUGUACCUGUGAGGAUUGAAUUAGGUCCCAAAGAUCUCGAAAAAAAUCAAGUGACAUUUGUACGUAGGGACAAUUGUCAGAAAGCGACAGCAAGUAGGAAGGAAGCUGUAGUUUUCUUACGCAAUUUACUUAAUGAGAUACAAUCUAGUAUGUUAAACAAAGCAAAGAAAACUUUAGAUGAUCAUAUUAAGAAAGUAGAAGAAUGGGCACUGUUUAUUGUGGAAUUAAAUAACAAGAAUUUAUUACUAUCGCCAUUCUGUGGAGAGGUAUCAUGUGAGGAUAAUAUCAAAGCAGACAGCGCGAGAGAUGACGCGGGUGAAGAAGCAGGAGCAUUAUCAAUGGGUGCAAAAAGUCUUUGUAUACCUUUUGAACAGCCACAAACUUUUGUACCAUUAUACAAUUUCAAGUGUAUUCAUCCAAGUUGUAAAAACAAACCCAAAUUUUACACUCUUUUCGGUCGUAGCUAUUAAAGUAAUAAUAAGAUAUUUAUCGAUAUAUAUAUACUGAAACAUUUUCAUAGUUUGUUUUUUAAAGAUUGAUUUUAUAUACAAACAUUGCGCAUAAAACUGUUUUAUUACAUAAA